AUGAGAAUUUUCUCUCUUUUUUUGAAAUGUCUUUUUGCAUGGCAUACAACCGUUGUUUAUCAGCACUACCCAGAUGUUUCAAAGAACUGGGCUGACGCAGUUAAAUUUUGCAGAGAACUGGGAGGAGGUGCAGAGAUAGCCACAAUAAUAGAUAAUACUCAAUUUAACGAAUUUCUAGGGCUCAAUAUUCCUCGGACAUGGAUUGGAGGAACGGAUGCUGCUUCGGAGGGAGUUUGGGUGUCUGCUUGUGGAGGUACCAUUAUUGGGAAAUGGCGGCCGAAUCAACCAGACAACUCUGGAAACGAAGACUGCUUGGAAAUGUACUACGGCUUGAUGAAUGACCAAAAAUGCGGUCAUACUAACAAAGUGACAUGCCAAUUUCCAGAAAACAAUUCAAACAAUUAUAUUCAAGUUUUUCUGCCGUUUACGAUUUCCGGAGAAAAGGAGUCAUGA